UGCCUGCAGUGUUUUUGGUUCCUCUCAAGGCAGUAUACAAGGUGUGCCACUGUGUGCUGUCACCGUAGGAUCCACUGGCCUCAGACAUGGCACGUCUGGCCCUCCCUGUCCUCCUCGUUCUCUGCUUCUCCCUGGUCCACUUCAGCUCCAGCCGUCCAUCUCGCUCCAGGAAGGCUGUGUCAGCCCGUCAGUCUGGAGCUGCUGAAGAAGAUGAUGUGAAGUCCCAGUUUGAGAGGUUGUGGCAGGAGGUGAACUCACUGAAGGAGAUGCAGGCGCUGCAGACAGUGUGUCUCCGUGGCAUCAAAGCUCACAGGAAGUGUUAUCUCACAAUUGAGGAACCCAAGCAUUACCAUGAUGCAAAUGAAGACUGCAUUGCACAAGGAGGAACUCUUGCAACGCCACGGGACAUGAUGGAGAACAAUGAACUAAGGGACUAUGCAAAGAGGAGCGCUCCUGGAUCCAAGGACUUCUGGAUCGGUGUGGCAGACAUAGUGAAAGAAGGCCAGUAUGUUGAUGUCAACAGCCUGCCAGUCAGCUACUUCAACUGGGACCGCACCAAGAAGCAGCCCACAGGAACCAAGAGGGAGAGCUGCGUUGCCCUCUCAGUGGUUGCACAAGGAAAGUGGUACGAUGAAGUGUGUCGAAACCUUAAAAAGUACAUCUGUGAAUUUGUCAUUCCCUAAAGGAGACAGAGAGGUUGUUGACAACUUGGUGAUCAUUUAUGCGGGUCAUUAAUUAAAAAUGUGUUGUCAAAUAUGUGCUCAUUCUCAAUGGAAACAUGAAAUUAUAACACUCCUUUUAUUAAACUGUGUCUCUAUGGUUAUUAAUUAGGUUGCUAAUUAGAUUUAAUACAUAGUAGUAACUGUAAUCAUUAGAUACUCAGGUGAAAGGAGAUUUCUGUGUGAUGACAGAUACUAGUUAAAUAAACAAGAAUGUAAUCUUU